UGAUUAAUAUUAUUCUUUAAGGUGCAGCUGAUUCCUGUGAUGGCCGACAAGAUGGAGCUCAGUAUUAUGGAGCUUUGGGAGGAUCAGUGGAGCUUCCACUGGAGAAAGACGUCUCACAAUUACGCCAUGUUGAUUUAACAAAGAACUACAGUGUAUUUAAGGGGUAUACCAACAAACCAACAGAAAGCUGGAUAGAUGGAAAAAUGGUCUUUUAUUCAAAUAAUGGAUCAUUUAGGAUCAACGACCUGAAGAUGAGUGACAGCGGUGAAUAUAAACUUAGAAUGUUUGGUAAAAAUGGAAAGGAAACAGGAUCUAGAACUGGGCAGCUCUGUGUUCAAGCUCCCGUGUCUUCUGUCCAGCUGGUCCAUCAAUGUUUGUCCCAGGGACAGAUCAAGGUGUCCUGUCUCUCUGAAGGGGACAGUCCUCAGUACAGCUGGACUCUGGAUGGAAAAACACUGACAGACUCUGAACUCCUCUCUGGAAAUAAUCAGACUAACAUCAUCGUUCUAAAACCGUAUAUAUCAGGGCAUCUUUUCUGCUCAGUCAGGAAUCAAGUCAGUUCAUCCUCCAACGAGAUCAACAUUCCUGACUGUGGCUUCAUAUUCAUUAACUGCACCAUCAAUGGGACAACAAUAGCUAAAUGGGUGUAUAAAGAAAAUAACACCCUGUGUGUUGAACCAACAACUGUCCCUCCAGCAGGUAAACAUCAUAGUGUGGGUGCAGCUGCUUCCUGUGAUGGACGACAAGAUGGAGCUCAGUUUUAUGGAGCUUUGGGAGGAUCAGUGGAGCUUCCACUGGAGAACGACGUCUCACAAUUACGCCGUGUUGAUUUAACAAAGAAUAUCAGUGUAUUUAGGGGGUUGACCAACAAACCAACAGAAAGCUGGAAAGAGGGAAGAAUUCUCUUUUAUUCAAAUAAUGGAUCAUUUAGGAUCAAUGACCUGAAGAUGAGUGACAGCGGUGAAUAUGAACUUAGAAUGUUUGGUAAAGAUGGAAAGGAUAAAGGAUCUAGAACUAUGCAGCUCUGUGUUCAAGCUCCUGUGUCUUCUGUCCAGCUGGUCCAUCAAUGUUUGGCCCAGGGACAGAUCAAGGUGUCCUGUCUCUCUGAAGGGGACAGUCCUCAGUACAGCUGGACUCUGGAUGGAAAAACACUGACAGACUCUGAACUCCUCUCUGGAAAUAAUCAGACUAACAUCAUCGUUCUAAAACCGUAUAUAUCAGGGCGUCUUUUCUGCUCAGUCAGGAAUCAAGUCAGUUCAUCCUCCAACGAGAUCAACAUUCCUGACUGUGGCUUCAUAUUCAUUAACUGCACCAUCAAUGGGACAACAAUAGCUAAAUGGGUGUAUCAAGAAAAUAACACCCUGUGUGUUGAACCAACAACUGUCCCUCCAACAGUUAAACAUCAUAGUGUGGGUGCAGCUGUUUCCUGUGAUGGCCGACAAGAUGGAGCUCAGUAUUAUGGAGCUUUGGGAGGAUCAGUGGAGCUUCCACUGGAGAACGACUUCUCACAAUUACGCCGUGUUGAUUUGAAAAAGAAUGGCAGUGUCCAUCAAUGUUUGUCCCAGGGACAGAUCAAGGUGUCCUGUCUCUCUGAAGGGGACAGUCUUCAGUACAGCUGGACUCUGGAUGGAAAAACACUGACAGACUCUGAACUCCUCUCUGGAAAUCAUCAGACUGACAUCAUCGUUCUAAAACCGUAUAUAUCAGGGCAUCUUUUCUGCUCAGUCAGGAAUCAAGUCAGUUCAUCCUCCAACGAGAUCAACAUUCCUGAUUGUGGUGAGUGA